AUGAACGGCAGCAGGAGGGCUGGUGGUGCUAGUAACAGGGUGGCUAGUAACGAGGAUGAGGAUGUGAUGGAGCUGAGCGGGCGGGAGGUGCAGGAAGCCAUGCUGCAGGCGAGGCUCAGAACCGCGCAGAGACAGAUGAUGCGCUCCAUGGGGGGCGGCAUGCCGGGUGGCGCUCUGGGCGGUGUGCCGGGCGGCGUUCUGGGUAGCGUGCCGGGCGGCGUUCUGGGUAGCGUGCCGGGCGGCAUGCCGGGUGGCGUAAUGGGCGGCAUGGUGGGCGGCACGACUGGAAACACGGUUCGGGGAUUGGGGGGUGGCGUGGGGAUAGGUACAGGAUUGGGAUUAGGCGGUGCUGGUGAUGGGAGGGAGGGCAGGGAGGGGAGGGGUGUGGUUGAAGGGGUAGGGAGAGAGGGGAGUGAGGGGAGUGAGAGUAGUGUUGUGAGUGUGAUCAGUAUGGCGAGUGAUGAUGAGGAUGAUAAGGUGGGUGAUGAGGUGAGGCAGCAGUGGGAGCAGCUGGGGCAGCUGAAGGCUGUUCUGUCACCGCAGAGGCAGAGGGGUCGGCGGGACGAAGACCAAGGGGAUGAUGAUGAGGAGGAAGAGGACGGAGAGGGGGAAGGUGGUGGGAGUGGGAGGAGGAGAGGGAGGGAAGGCGCAGGUGGUAAUGCAUGGCAGUGGUUUGGGGUUGGGAUGGGAGGGAGAGGGGCGGAUAGGGAGGAGGAGAGGCGAGAGUUUGUGGAGGCGAGGAGGAGGAGUGCGGCUGACGCUCUGAGGCACUUCAGGAGCAUGCGGGACGAGGGGCUGGUGCAACGGUUGCCACAGGCUGAGCUGAACCAGCAAACCGCAAUGCGGCAAAUUCUGGAAGGUCUCUCCCUCGCGGGAACAGCAGAGGAGGUAGAAAUGCCGGCAGGGGCUUUAAGAGUGCCGUUGCUGACACAUCAACGCAUGGCAGUGGCGUGGAUGAGACGCAGAGAGGCGUCCAUCCCUGCUGGGGGGAUACUGGCGGAUGACCAGGGGCUGGGGAAGACGCUGACCACGAUUGCACUCAUUGUGCUGGGGGUGCGGGAGGGCCGGGAGAGGGAGAGGAAGGAGAGGGAGAAGGGGAAGGGGGUUGCUGGGGAGGAGGGGCAGAUGCUGCUGCUGACAGGUGGUGCGGGUACAUGUGAUGCUGGUCCUUCUGGUGCUGGUGCAUCUGGCGCUGGUACAAGUGGUGGUGGUGGUGCUGCUGCUGCUGCCGCUGCUGCGGUGCCGGUGGCAACAUCAGGAGGAGGAGGAAUGGGAGUAGGGAGCAGCAGCAAGAUGGAAGUGGUUGAUCUGGAGGAGGAAGACGAGGAGAGGGAGAGGGGGCGGGGGAGAUGGGAUGGGAAGAAACAACGACUAGCAGCUCCAAUGCUGUCAGUGGCAGGUGCAGCAACGCCACCUGAGCUCUCUACAGCCGCCACGUCAGCAGCGGCCACGUCAGCAGCUGCUGCAUCAGCAGCUGCCACGUCAGCAGCGUGCGGUACAGGUGGCAGGGGCAAGCGCGUGAGCGGCGGCACGCUGGUGGUGUGCCCCACGAGCAUUCUACGGCAGUGGGAGCGGGAAAUACGCGAGCGCGUAGGUGCCCUGGGGGAUGCAGCAGGCACUGCUGCUGCUUCUGGUUCUGCUGGCGCUGCUGGCGGUGUGGGAGACGAGAGGUUGGCUAGUGGAACUGGGGAAGGAGGAGGGAGGAGAGGAGGAGGAAACACAGGAGUAGGAGGAAGAGGGGGCGGGGGAAGAGGGUUAUCGGUGCUGGUGUAUCAUGGGCCGGGGCGCACGCGGAGUGCAGCGGAGGUGGCAUCGUACGACGUGGUGCUGACCACCUAUGCCAUCGCCGCCAUGGACGUGGGGGGAAGUAGAGGCGGUGAUGGGGGCGAGGGGGGGAAGGGCAAAGGGAAAGAGCCCUCGUGGGAGGAGGUGAUGGGGAUUGGUGGGGGUGGUGGGGGCGGGGCGGGGGGGAAGAGGAAGGCGGGUGGUGGUGAGGGUGGGAGUGGGGGCAGUGGGGGGAGUGUGGGGGGUCCGCUUGCGGGGGUGGCGUGGCAGCGAGUGGUGCUGGACGAGGCUCAGGCCAUUAAGAACCGCAACACGCAGGUGGCAAGGGCGUGCUGGGCGUUGAGAGCCAAGAAGUGGUGGUGCCUCUCCGGUACUCCCAUGCACGACGACGCUCAGAACGCGGUGAACGACGUGUAUUCCUACCUGCACUCGCCCCGUUCAUCUCCUUCAUCCCCUUCAUCCCCCUCCUCUCCCCUCCCUCAGGUGGCAAGGGCGUGCUGGGCUUUAAGAGCCAAGAAGCGGUGGUGCUUGUUGGGAACGUCCAUGCAGAACGCCGUGGGCGAUGUGUAUUCCUACCUUUGCUUCCUGCGCUUCCUGCGCUUCUUGUGCUUCCUGGUUGACCUUCCCCCCACCCACCCCCAGGUAGCGAGAGCAUGUUGGGCUCUGAGGGCCAAGAAGCGGUGGUGCCUGUCGGGAACGCCCAUGCAGAAUGCGGUGGACGAUGUGUAUUCCUACCUGCGCUUCCUGCGCUUCACCCCGUACGACGAGUACGCGUCCUUCCGCACAACCAUCAAGGACCCCAUCACGCGCAACCCCUCCCAGGGCUUUAAGCGCCUGCAGGCCGUGCUGCUGGCUGUCAUGCUGCGCCGCACCAAGGUCCCUGAGUCCCUGCUUGCUGUGCUGCAUCACACGAGUACGCUCCGUUCCACACCACAGUUCAUCAAGGGCCGAGUCAACCCGUCCCAGGGCUUUGAGCGCCUGCCGGCUGUGCUGCUCGCUGUGAUGCUCUGCGCAGAUGCACCUAAGGUGUGUACUAGUUCCACGCGCAUCAAGGGGGCGCCCAUAGUGAACCUGCCACCGCGCAUAGUGGCGCUGCAGCGAGCGGAGUUCACAGCAGAGGAGAGGGCCUUCUAUCUCUCUCUCGAGGCCUCCUCCAAGCGCCAGUUCCACGUGAGUGAAGCCGCAGCUGCUUUUAAUAAACUGUGCAACACGUCCUGUGCAGGGGUACAGAGCAACUACAUGCACAUCCUCAUCGCACUGCUUCCUGCCCUCAUUCCCACUCUCGUCCCUCUUCUCUCUCCUCUUCCUCCCCUUCUCUUCUCACCAGGACUAUGUGGCAGCAGGCACGGUACAGAACCACAACAUGCACAUUCUCACCAUGCUGCUGCUGCGCCUGCAGUCAUCCCCACCCUCUCCUCCCCUCUUUCUCCCCUUGCUCCUACGUACGAGGACUACGCGGCAGGGAGCACAGUGCAGAGCAACUACAUGAGCACAGUGCAGAGCAACUACAUGAGCACAGUGCAGAGCAACUACAUGAGCACAGUGCAGAGCAACUACAUGAGCACAGUGCAGAGCAACUACAUGAGCACAGUGCAGAGCAACUACAUGAGCACAGUGCAGAGCAACUACAUGAGCACAGUGCAGAGCAACUACAUGAGCACAGUGCAGAGCAACUACAUGAGCACAGUGCAGAGCAACUACAUGAGCACAGUGCAGAGCAACUACAUGAGCACAGUGCAGAGCAACUACAUGAGCACAGUGCAGAGCAACUACAUGAGCACAGUGCAGAGCAACUACAUGAGCACAGUGCAGAGCAACUACAUGAGCACAGUGCAGAGCAACUACAUGAGCACAGUGCAGAGCAACUACAUGAGCACAGUGCAGAGCAACUACAUGAGCACAGUGCAGAGCAACUACAUGAGCACAGUGCAGAGCAACUACAUGAGCACAGUGCAGAGCAACUACAUGAGCACAGUGCAGAGCAACUACAUGAACAUUCUCACCAUGCUGCUGCGCCUUCCUUCCCUUCCCUUCAUCCCCUCUACCAUAUCUCUGUCCUUCCUCCCUUCUCCCCACCUCUCAACCUACCAGGACUACGCGGCAGCGGGCACGGUGCAAAACAACUACAUGCACAUUCUCACGAUGCUGCUGCGCCUGCGCCAGGCCUGCAACCACCCCGCCCUCGCCAAGGGCGCCCCCAUCGCGCCAGACACCCGGACCAGAGGCAAUGGAGGAGGAGGAGCAGCAUCGCGGGGGAGGGGCGGGGUUGGCGGAGGGGGAGGGGGGAGUGGUGGGGCGCCGGGGAGGCGGAGUGUGUUUGCCGGGUCAGUAGGGAGGCUAUCAGUGGGUAAGCGCGCUGAGCUAGUUCGGCAGGUUGCACAGGUGGGGGGAGAGGCAGUGUGUGAGUUAUGUGGGGAUGCAGCGGAGGUGCCGGUGCUGUCGGUGUGCCUGCACACCUUCUGCGAGCAAUGUGCCCUGCAGCACCUCGCUCAGUGUGAUCCCGCCCUCUGCCCCUGCUGCUCCAAAGCCCUCUCGCCUGCUUCGCUCUGCCAGUUUUCGGAGCUGGAAGGUGGAGGGAGCGCCGGGAUGGGUGCAGGAGGGGUGGUGAUGGGUGGUGGUGGGGGUGGGAUGGGGAUGGGAGCAGCGGCAGGCGCGUUAGCACCAACUUCACUGGCAGACAGGAGGGGAGGGCAGCAGCAGCAGCAGCAGCUGGAGGCUGAAAAUGAUCCGCUCUUCUUCUCUCCCUCGCGCAUGUCCACCAAGGCUCGUGCCGUCCUCAACUACCUUCUCGCCCUCCCUCUCAUGCCCGCUUCUCCUCCUCCUUCUUCCGCUGGCCCUGCUGCUGCUGCUGCCCUCCCUCUCAUGCUCCCUGCUCCCCUUCCUUCGUCUGCUUCUCCUCCUGCUGCUGCUACUCUUCCCACCUCCUCACUUCCCUCCUCUCUCCCAUCCUCCUUUCCCUCCUCCCUUCCCUCCUCCAUUCCCUUCUCCGGUCCCGCCUCUCUCCCAUCCUCCCAUCCCUCUUCCCUCCCGCCAUCGCAUCCCACCAUGCCCCCACCCAGUGCACGUACUGUCUCUGGCCCUGUUCUCUCAAGUACCCCUCCCACCUCCAAUUCAUUCAUUUUUACUCCUCCACCUCCACCUCCCACCUCCGCACCUCCCACUUCCACUCCUCCCACCUCCCUUCCCUCCUCUACCCCUCCCUCUGUGGAGGAAGAGGUGAGAGGUGGGGCAGUGGGAGGGGGUGCAGGAGACUGUGUAACGAGACAUGACGCUGGUGCAGCAGGUGCAGGUGGAAAUUCUGGUGGGGUUGGGGGCCUGGGAGAGGUCAAGCAUGAGGCAUGCGACGGGGGAGGUGAUGGGGGAUUGUUGCAACAGGGAGAAGGGACGAGUGUGCAGCCGCAGCAGCAGCAGCAACAGCAACAACCACAACAGCAACAGCAGCAGCAACAGCAACAGCAACAACCACAACAGCAACAGCAGCAGCAACAGCAACAGCAAGAACAGAAGCAAGAACCAGAGGAGGCAGGGUGGAUGGCGGGGCUGUGGGCAGAGAUUGCGGCAAGCGCUGUGCUGGAGGAGGAGGAUGUGGGGUCGCGAGGGGCAGAUGUGGCACCUGGGGAAGGGACACCUGGGGAAGGGACACCUGGGGAAGGGGCACCUAGUGGGUGGGUACCUGAUGUACCGUCUGCACGUUUGACAGGAGGUGCAGUGAAAGACGAAAUGGUUGAGAGUGGUGGAGAUGGGGAUGCAGGGGUGUUUGGUCCAUCAGGUGGGCGGGCACCUGACCUACCACCACCUGGUCCACCACCUGAUGCACCUGACUCAACACCUGACGUCCCGGAUGUAAAACCUGCUGUCUUUGCUUUAGCUUCUGCUGCACCUGGUUCUAGACCUGACGUGCCUGAUGUUAAGCUUGCAAUUGCUUCAGUAUCUGUCGCUGCACCUGACUCUACACCUGCUGCAGCAUCUGUUGCACCUGACUCUACACCUGCUGCAGCAUCUGUUGCACCUGACUCUACACCUGCUGCAGCAGGUCAUGCCACAGUCAAGAGGGAAGAGCAAGGGGCUGGGGGUGCAAGAGCUGCUCUGAUGAGGGGUGCGGGGGCUGAUGUGGCUGGGGGAGUAGUGAAGGCGGAGAAGCAGGAGGCACAGGAGGGGGUGGGGGUGGAGGUGGGGGUGGGGUUGAGUGAGGAAAAUACUGCCAGGCUGGUUGGGCUGAUGGGGCAGGCAGGCCAGGCAGGGCAGAUUGGGCAGGCGGGGCAGAUUGGGCAGGCGGGGCAGAUUGGGCAGGCGGGGCAGAUUGGGCAAGCGGGGCAGAUUGGGCAGGCGGGGCAGAUUGGGCAAGCAGGGCAGAUUGGGCAGGCGGGGCAGAUUGGGCAGGCGGAAGAGGCGGGGUCUUGGCAAGCAGGUGGGAUGGCAAAGGGGUGCCAGGAAGGUUCUGAUGGGAGUGGAGGUGGAGCAAGAGGGGCGUGCGGCAGUCGGCAUAGGUUGCAGAUCUCAGCAGCUGCUCUCGCAUCAGUGCUGCCACAUGUUGCAUCGCCGCCUUCAGUAUCCCCUGCCGCCCCUCCACCCCAUGCACCCUCUGCUGCCCCUGCACCUCCUGCCACCCCUGACGCCAUUGCACCUCCUGCACUCUCUGCUGUCCCUGCACUCCCUUCUUCCACGGCAACCCCUUCGUCUGCACGCCUUGCAUCUCCUGCCUCCCAUUCGCCCCAUCCGCCCCAUGCUCCCCUUAUGCCCCUUGCCCCGCCUACACCAUCUGCACACGUUCCACCCCUCGCCCCCCCUGCGCCCACCGGUCUCGCCCGCCCUGCUCCUCCUCCUCCACCCGCCCCUGCCCUUUCUACUCCCUUCGGAAGCACAGCAGGCAGGGCAGCAGAGGGGCACGCAAGGCCAAGCACAGAACAGCGUGAGCUGCCACUGGUGCCUGUGGCACAGGAGAACGGAUUACCGAGUCAAGGGGUGGAGGUGGCGAGAGAUCUAGCACUAGUAAACACUCCCUCGGAGGACAGGGGAAAGGCGAUAGUGAGUGCUGGCUCCUCUCCCUCUCCCUUAAUGGUGAGAGAGAAGGCGAUAGUGUUCUCACAGUGGACGCGCAUGCUGGACCUCCUCGAGCUGCACCUGGCUGCUGCCGGCAUUUCCCACGUGCGCCUCGACGGCACCAUGUCCGUCACCGCUCGAGACAGGGCCAUCGCUGAUUUCACCUCUGAUCCACAGAUCACGGUGAUCCUGGUGUCCCUGAAAGCAGCCAGCGUGGGGCUCAAUCUGAUAGCGGCGAACCACGUGAUACUCAUGGACCUCUGGUGGAACCCCGCAGUGGAGGAUCAGGCAAUUGACCGCGCGCACCGCAUCGGCCAGAUUCGCCCCGUGCGUGUGGCGCGCUUCACCGUGGCCGAUACCAUCGAGGACAGGAUCCUGGAGCUGCAGGAGCGCAAGCGCACGAUGAUCGAGAGUGCAUAUGGCGAGUCAGCCACAGCUAUGAACCGGUCGCGCCUCACAACAGAAGACCUCAGAUUCCUGUAUGCCUCCUGGUCCGCACCAAAGUACGCGUCUGUGAAGUCUGCAGUGGCAAUGGGCACGGCAAUGGGCACGGGGAUGGGCACGGGGAUGGGCACGGGAUGGGCACGGGGAAUGGGCACGGGGAAUGGGCACGGGGAUGGGCACGGGAUUGGGCACGGGAUUGGCAUGGGAUGGGCACGGGAUUGGGCACGGGAUUGGCAUGGGAUGGGCACGGGAUGGGCACGGGAUUGGCAUGGGAUGGGCACGGGAUUGGGCACGGGAUUGGCAUGGGAUGGGCACGGGAUUGGGCACGGGAUUGGCAUGGGAUGGGCACGGGAUGGGCACGGGAUUGGGCACGGGGAUGGGCACGGGGAUGGGCACGGGGAUGGGCACGGGGAUGGGCACGGGGAUGGGCACGGGAUUGGGCACGGGAUUGGCAUGGGAUGGGCACGGGAUUGGGCACGGGAUUGGCAUGGGAUGGGCACGGGAUGGGCACGGGAUUGGGCACGGGAUUGGCAUGGGAUGGGCACGGGAUUGGGCACGGGAUUGGCAUGGGAUGGGCACGGGAUUGGGCACGGGAUUGGCAUGGGAUGGGCACGGGAUGGGCACGGGAUUGGGCACGGGGAUGGGCACGGGGAUGGGCACGGGGAUGGGCACGGGGAUGGGCACGGGGAUGGGCACGGGAUUGGGCACGGGGAUGGGCACGGGGAUGGGCACGGGGAUGGGCACGGGGAUGGGCACGGGGAUGGGCACGGGGAUGGGCACGGGAUUGGGCACGGGGAUGGGCACGGGAUUGGGCACGGGAUUGGCAUGGGAUGGGCACGGGGAUGGGCACGGGGAUGGGCACGGGGAUGGGCACGGGAUUGGGCACGGGGAUGGGCACGGGGAUGGGCACGGGGAUGGGCACGGGGAUGGGCACGGGGAUGGGCACGGGGAUGGGCACGGGGAUGGGCACGGGGAUGGGCACGGGGAUGGGCACGGGGAUGGGCACGGGAUUGGGCACGGGGAUGGGCACGGGAUUGGGCACGGGAUUGGCAUGGGAUGGGCACGGGAUUGGGCACGGGAUUGGCAUGGGAUGGGCACGGGGAUGGGCACGGGAUUGGCAUGGGAUGGGCACGGGAUUGGGCACGGGAUUGGCAUGGGAUGGGCACGGGAUGGGCACGGGAUUGGGCACGGGGAUGGGCACGGGGAUGGGCACGGGGAUGGGCACGGGGAUGGGCACGGGGAUGGGCACGGGAUUGGGCACGGGGAUGGGCACGGGGAUGGGCACGGGGAUGGGCACGGGGAUGGGCACGGGGAUGGGCACGGGGAUGGGCACGGGAUUGGGCACGGGGAUGGGCACGGGAUUGGGCACGGGAUUGGCAUGGGAUGGGCACGGGGAUGGGCACGGGAUUGGGCACGGGGAUGGGCACGGGGAUGGGCACGGGGAUGGGCACGGGGAUGGGCACGGGGAUGGGCACGGGGAUGGGCACGGGGAUGGGCACGGGGAUGGGCACGGGGAUGGGUACGGGGAUGGGCACGGGGAUGGGCACGGGGAUGGGCACGGGGAUGGGCACGGGAUUGGGCACGGGGAUGGGCACGGGAUUGGGCACGGGAUUGGCAUGGGAUGGGCACGGGAUUGGGCACGGGAUUGGCAUGGGAUGGGCACGGGAUUGGGCACGGGAUUGGCAUGGGAUGGGCACGGGAUUGGGCACGGGAUUGGCAUGGGAUGGGCACGGGAUGGGCACGGGAUUGGGCACGGGGAUGGGCACGGGGAUGGGCACGGGGAUGGGCACGGGGAUGGGCACGGGGAUGGGCACGGGAUUGGGCACGGGGAUGGGCACGGGGAUGGGCACGGGGAUGGGCACGGGGAUGGGCACGGGGAUGGGCACGGGGUUGGGCACGGGAUUGGGCACGGGGAUGGGCACGGGAUUGGGCACGGGAUUGGCAUGGGAUGGGCACGGGGAUGGGCACGGGGAUGGGCACGGGGAUGGGCACGGGAUUGGGCACGGGGAUGGGCACGGGGAUGGGCACGGGGAUGGGCACGGGGAUGGGCACGGGGAUGGGCACGGGGAUGGGCACGGGGAUGGGCACGGGGAUGGGCACGGGGAUGGGCACGGGGAUGGGCACGGGGAUGGGCACGGGAUUGGGCACGGGGAUGGGCACGGGAUUGGGCACGGGAUUGGCAUGGGAUGGGCACGGGAUUGGGCACGGGAUUGGCAUGGGAUGGGCACGGGGAUGGGCACGGGGAUGGGCACGGGAUUGGGCACGGGGAUGGGCACGGGGAUGGGCACGGGGAUGGGCACGGGGAUGGGCACGGGGAUGGGCACGGGGAUGGGCACGGGGAUGGGCACGGGGAUGGGCACGGGAUUGGGCACGGGGAUGGGCACGGGAUUGGGCACGGGAUUGGCAUGGGAUGGGCACGGGAUUGGGCACGGGAUUGGCAUGGGAUGGGCACGGGAUGGGCACGGGAUUGGGCACGGGAUUGGCAUGGGAUGGGCACGGGAUUGGCAUGGGAUGGGCGCGGGCAUUGGCAUGGGUGCGGGGACGUGGACAGGAAUGGGUAUCGGGAUCGAGGUUGGGUACGGGGAUGGAGUGGUGAGUGAACCACAUUCCCCACACGCACAUGCACCUGCACCUGCACAGAAUCACGUAUCUGCUGUCGAAAACAACCCCAAAUCUCAGAGAUAG